AUGUCUAACGCUACAGCUAAACAUUAUUUGAAAUUAGCCAAAGGGGCAAUUGAAAGUAAUGAUCCCGAGUUGGCAUUGGAGUAUGUGGAAGAUGUUCUUGAGGCUGAUAAGAAUAAUUACUUUGCAUUCAUAUUUAGAGGGAAAUCAUAUCAAUUAUUGAAGAAACCUCAAGAAGCUGCUAAAGCUUUCGAAAAAGCUGUUUCAAUCGAUGAAGAUAAUUUACUUGGUUGGAGAGGUUAUUUCCAAUUAGUUAGAACUACUGAUGAUUAUGAAUUGUUCUUCGAAGUGUUGGCUGAUUAUUUGAGCAAAUUAUUGGAUCAGCAACAAUCAUUGAUUGAAGCUUUAGAUGAUGCUUCCAAAUACUUGAAUGCUCAUGAAUAUAAGAAAAACCCAGAAUUGACAGAAAUCUAUUUAAAAAAUGUUAUUCCAGGUAGUGAAAUAUAUGAAUUGGUACAUAAUCAUUUCGGCAAAGGGGAUGAGAAUUUAAAGAAUUUAGUGGAUUUACUUUUGAAAAAGGAAGAUGAUAGUAUCAAUAAGAUUUUAUUCAAAGAACGUAUGAGAUUACCCAAAGUAUUGAAUCACGAACAAAGAGUCAAACUUAAUCAACUAAUAUGGCCAGUUUAUGAAAAUUCCCAAUUGAUUUCAUAUUUUGAUCAAUUUUUAAGUAUUUGUGACGAUAAGGAUUUAAGAGUUGAAUAUCAAGAGAAAUAUUUGAAGUAUAAAUAUGAAGUUUUGAAAACUGCACCAGAGGACGAAAAGGAUCAAUAUUUCGGUGAUGUCAAAUCAAUGGUUGAAGAUUUGGUGAUUAUUAAAGUCCCCAGUUUGUUCAUUUGGUCUUUAUAUCUUGAUUUAAUCGAUAUCAGAAAUUUCCAUGAUUUGAGCAAAGAGGAUGUUUUGUUUGUGAUAAACAAUUUCUCCACUGAAGGGUUGGGUAUUUUGUUAUAUGGAUUCUUGAAUAGUGAAAUUUCACCUUUUGAUAAAACUGUAUUGAAACAAGUCAAAUUUGAACCAAAACCCGAAACUGUUAAAGACGAAGAUGAUGAAGAUGAAGUUAUAGACGAAAGUUUGUUAGAUGAUGAACCCAAUUCCACCGAAUUACAACCGGAAGACGUAUUAUCUUUAAUGCUUGAAGGGUUUGAGAAAUGUAAAGAUUCGAUAUUGGCCAAUAGAAUCAUCAUCAAUUAUUACAUUACUGUAAGAGAAUAUUUACAAGCUUCUGAUCGUUGUAAAAAUGGGAUCAAAAUGCUUGCUGAUCUUCAAAGAUCAAUAAGUGCUAAUUUGUCAAAUUCCCGUGAAGAUUUGAUUUGUUCAUUAGCUGUUGCAUAUACUUAUCAUGAAGCACCUAAGAAUUUUUCCAGGGCUUUGGAAUUAUAUGACAAAGUCUUACAAAAUACUUCCACCAAUAAAAGAGCUAGAAUUGGUAAAGGUUUAAUUUUGAUGGAAAAGGGUGACUUAAAUACUGCCAGUCAAUUAUUGAACGAAGUUUAUAAAGAAUACCCCGAGGAUCCUGAUGUUUUGAUGGAAUUAGGUUGGUGUGAGGUUCAAUUAUCAAAUAAUGAUUUCGGUAAUGAAUUGUUAUCUAAAGCUUUACUCAGAAUUAAUGGAUUAGAUAUUCAAAGUUUUGAAUUAAGAGCCAAAAUCAAUUGGAGAUUGGCCACCAGUUAUAUGAAGUCAGAUUAUCAGAAAUCUUAUGAUUUGUUGAUAAAUUCUUUGAAAGAGUUCAAGAAUUUUGCUCCUUCUUAUACAUUAUUAGGGUUGAUCUAUAUCAAUCACUAUCAAGAUAAAGUCAGGUCACAGAAAUGUUUUUAUAAAGCAUUUGAAUUGGAUGUGAGUGAAGUGGUUUCUGCCAGAUACUUGGUAGAAGAAUUGACAGCUAAAAAUGAAUGGGAAAUCGCUGAAAUCUUGUGUACUAAAGUUGUAGAAUCAGAUAGAUCUAGAAGAUCUUUAAGUGUUCAAGAAGAUAAGUCUUGGCCAUAUAGAGUAUUAGGAUGUUCGGCAUUGAAUAGACAAGAUGAUGGUAAAGCAGUAGAAUGGUUUCAAACGGCUUUAAGAAUGUCUUCUAUGGAUUUCGAAUGUUGGGUAGGUUUAGGUGAAGCUUAUUAUAAUUGUGGAAGAUUAGAUGCUGCUCAAAAAGUAUUUGAGAGAGCUUUGUCCAUACAAGAUUCUUGGAUAGUAGUUUACAUGUUAGGAAGAGUUUUAUGUGAUACUAAAGAGUUUGAAACAGGAAUUCAACAAUUGAAAAAUGCUUUACAACAGAAACCUAAUGAAGAAUGUAUUUUAAAUUCACUUUUCCAAGCCCAUUUAGAAUAUAUCAAGAGAUUGAUGGAUGGUGGAUUUUUUGGGAAAGUAAUUGAAAUCAAUAACGAAAAUAUUAAGAUUAUAAAACAAGCCAGUGUUGAUUAUUAUAAAUCUCCUUCAUUAUGGUUAUCUUUGAAUAAGUCAUUACAUAUCUUCCUCAAGAUCCAAACUAAUUUGGAAAAUUUCCCCAUUGAAGAUGUGAUUGAGAUCUUUGAAUCAGUAAAAGAUACUCAACAAGAAGCUUUCUUGGUUGAAAUUAAUGAACUCGAUGAAAACUUGAACUUAUCUACAGCUACAGAACUUUUCCACAAAGGUAAAAGAGUUGAAAGUAUCAUGAGUUUAAUCAUUUUAUCAUGUAAAAAUCCUAUUGAUCUUUUCCCUAACGAAGGAAGAUAUAUAAGAUCAAUUAACUAUUAUAACUUGGGAUUGUCUUAUUAUGAAGCUUUCAAUAUCACCCAGGAUACAAAAUUUAGAGAUUGUGCGAUAAAAUCCUUGAAGAAAGCUAUACAAUUAGAAGGGAAAAAUCCUAGUUUUUGGGUAGCUCUAGGAAAUGUUUACUCAUCAUUCAAUCCUAGAAUUGCUCAACAUUGUUUUAUCAAAGCUAUUGCUUUUGAGUCAAGAGAUGGUGAUAUUUGGAAUAAUUUAGCAGCAUUAUAUUUGAAAUAUGGUGAUACUGAAUUAGCUCAAGAAGCUUAUCUCAGAUCACAAUCAGUUGCACCUGAACAAUCUCAACCUUGGUUGGGACAUGCUUUAACAGCUAAAGCCAAAGGAGAAACCGAUAAGGCAUAUAAUUUAUUCACCCAUGCAUACAUUUUAUCCAAUGGUAAAUCACCAUUGGCUCAAUUAUUAUAUGCUUUAAACGUUAUCAAUAAAAGAAUCAAUGAUAACAGUGGAAGUGACCCAAGAGAUAUAGAAACCGCUCAAGAAUUCAGUAUAGGUAAUUUUGCUAUUCAAAAUUAUCUCCGUUACUAUCCUAAUGAUAAACUCGGGUUAAAAAUUGCUUUGACCAUAAGUGAAAGAUGUAAGAAUUUCUCCAAGGCAAAGGAAAUUGGUGAAAAGUUAUUGACAAUUCUUGAAGGUGAAUAUGAAGAAAAUGAAGAUUUGAAAACCUUGGAUGAAUUUAUUGGAGUGAAAUGUCAAAUUUCAAGAAUUUAUUUGGCUGUGGGAGAUUAUGAUAAAGCUAUAGAAGAAAGUGAAUUAGCUUUGGCAUUAUGUGAAGAGGAUAAUUCCACACAUAAGAAGUAUUUAUUAUCAUCACAAGUUACUAUUGGAUUAGCUUAUUUCUUCCAAAAUAACUUAUCCAAAUCAUUAGAUCAAUUGAAAACCAUUUUAGGUGAGUAUAAUAAUUCUCAGACUAUCAUUAGUUUAACAGCACAAAUUUUAAAUGGUUUCAAUACAGAGGAUACCAAACAAGCAGCAUUAGAUCAAUUAUUCACAUACAUUGAAGAAAAUGGAUCUUCCUUAUCAAUAGUUUUGACUUUAGGUGCUAUAUCCUUGAAGGAUGAAUUAAUGGAUUAUUUACCAGCAGUUAAAGAUGAGUUAUUACAAUUAUCAUUAGAUGAAAUAUUAAAAGAUUCGUUCCGUUCAAUUCCAAGAUUAUUAGAUGAAAUCGAUAAGAGAUUACAGAAAUCCAAUAAUAAUAUUUGGUUAAAGAACGCUAUUUUAUUUCCUAAUGAUUAUCAUGUUUGGAAACACAUCAAUAGCAAAAUGGCGUUAUCAAUUGCUAAUUUGAAAGAAACCAAAUUAACAUCAUCUGAUGUUUCUAAUGCUCUUUUAACAAAUGGCGGUACAAGAGGAAUCCAAAGAGGUAUUAUACUUGCCCCUCAAGAGUUUAAUUGGCCUUUUACUGUUUAG